CUCAUACUCUGUCUUCAUCUUCGUCUUGUUUUGAUUUGUAUGUCUGAGAAUUGAGGACUCGGAAUCUGUUAAUGAUGGAAAUAGAAUUUUAUGUUGAUGUAUGUGAAGGGUGCCGGAUAGUUGUUUUAUUUAUUUAUUUAUUUUUAAUUUUCAGUAGUUUAAAGACGUAACAAUCAAUGCAAUCAAUAUAUAUAAAUAUAUGUGCGCGCAAGACAGGCAGCUUGAUGGAUCAGCAGAUUAUUGCUAUGCCGUGUUAGGUUUUCAAGAUAUGGAACUCGGCUAAAUAGGCAGGACAAGAAAGAAGAAACAAAGCUGACCUAUUCCCAGUCCUCCCAUUAGAGUGUCAAGAAUAUACUGCUGUGAUAUUAAGCUAACCACAACACCAUAUAAAAAUGAAUCCGUAAUGCUCAUAUUUCAGUACCUCGUCAUCUAUGGAAGAAUCAACAAAGAGGUAUGCAGUUGUUACAGGAGCAAACAAGGGGCUUGGUUGGGGAAUAGUAAAACUGUUGGCGUCUAAGGGGGUGAUGGUGGUACUAACAGCUAGAGAUGAAACGAGAGGUCUUGAAGCUGUUGAGAAACUGAACGAAUGUGGUCUCUCCGAUCAUGUGGUCUUUCAUCUGCUUGAUGUAAUGGAUCCUGCAAGUAUUGCAUCUCUUGCAGAUUUCAUCAGAAUUCAAUAUGGAAAUCUUGAUAUUUUGGUACGACCGAGAGCCAAUUUACACAAAACCUGUGGUGCUAAAGUCAGUUUAGCGUUAAUCUUCUCAGUUUAAUGAAUUGCCAGAUGGAAAAGUAAAAGUUCGGUUAAGUUUAGAAAUUGUCUUCAUCUUGAUUUUCCUGCUUCCGUAUUUCUUCAACCUCACAUUCAAACGAGGAAGUGGUUUAGACAGCAAGGUGUCGCAGUAGAGGGUUCAGUAAAAAAUUUCAAAAUUGCUAUGCUGACAACUUCCAUUGUUAUUUUUCUUUGUAAAUAGAUGCUGAAUGGAAUAUUAAUAACUGAUGAUCCUUGAAACAUCAAUAAAUGACUAUACGGUUACUAA